AUGGUGAAUCGAUUAAACAACGAAUACCUUAGUCUGUUAAUGGUGGCAAGUUUACAUGGAUAUGACGCUGUUGUGCGUGUCUUACUUGCUCACUGCCCUGCUGAUAUUGACCAAACUGAACUCAAAGGACGUGUCUAUAGCAACAAUGGAGAUUUAGUACAUAACGCAACUGCAUUGUGGUGCGCACUUGAUCGAGCUCACUAUGGUGUAGCACAAAGUUUGAUUGAUCUGGGUAAAGCUAACGUUAAUAACGGUCCAUUUCAUCCACUUUUAAUUGAUGCCAUUAUUAGGGAACGAUUUGACAUCGUUUGCUUCUUGGUAGAGAAUGAUUAUGCUGAUGUUAAUGAAACAAUGACCAAUGAUCAGAAUAAAUGCAGCAGUCUCAUCGUAGCUGCCGCCAAAGGCAAUACACAGAUCAUGACUUAUCUCAUAGAAAAAGGCGCCAAACUCGAUUAUAGAACGUGUAUUCAUGAAAACACGCCUCUUACUGUUGCUGCCAUAGAAGGUCAUAUAGCAUCAGUAAAGCUACUAUAUUUGGCUGGCGCCUCUUCUAAUGUGACAAAUCGUUAUGGAAAGACUCCACUGAUACUAGCAGCCGAGAAUGAUCGACUUAAUGUAGUAGAUUUUUUACUCGACUAUAAUCAAGAUGAAACAACUUUCAAUAAUCUUGAACUACUUGCUUCUUCCUAUAUGGUCUCCAAGAAUGAUGAUGAACGUCUGGAACCUGAACGGAUGAUUCGCUUUUUGCGACAAUCAACAGAAAAGCGUUGCUCAGCCUAUUGCUGCUUAUGA